AUGCAGAUCACUUCCUCUCUCCUGAGCGCUGCGGCUGUCGCCGUCCUCGCCGGUACCGCAAACGCAACCCCAGUCACCCGCCGCGCCGCUGCGGGACAGGUCGUCUCCCAGUGUUUCCAGCCCGGCCUCGUCGCACUCACCUUCGACGACGGCCCGUUCCAGUUCACCCCCCAGCUUCUCGACAUCCUGAAGCAGAACGACGUCAAGGCGACCUUCUUCGUCAACGCCAACAACUUCGGCAACAUCGAGACGGUGCCCAACCCCGACACCAUCCGCCGCAUGCGCGCCGAGGGCCACAUGGUCGGCUCCCACACCGGCACCCACCCGGACCUCCAGACCAUCUCGACAGCCGACCGCCAGGCCCAGAUGGUGCAGGUCGAGGAGGCCACCCGCCGUAUCGACGGCUUCGCGCCGCGCUACAUGCGUGCGCCCUAUCUCUCCUGCCAGGCCGACUGCCAGGCCGACCUCGGCGCCCUCGGCUAUGUGAUCGUCGACACCAACCUCGACAGCAAGGACUACGAGAACAACACCCCCGAGACCACCCACCUCAGCGCCGAGAAGUUCAACAACGAGCUCAGUGCCGACGUCGGUGCCAACUCGUACAUUGUUCUCUCCCACGACGUUCACGAGCAGACCGUCGUUUCGCUCGUGCAGAAGAUGAUCGACACCCUGAAGGGCAAGGGGUACCGCGCCGUCACGGUCGGCGAGUGCCUUGGCGAUGCUCCCGAGAACUGGUACAAGGCCUAG